AUGAUUCAAAAUUUAUUGAAUGAAACAAUUGGUGGUUUAUAAGUGCUAUUGAGACAUAAGGAAAUAUAUACAGCAUUAGUUCACACCAAUCAACCAAUCGAUACACCUUUAGAAGAAUUUGAUACCUAAAUAAUCAAAAUGGUUGAAGAAACACCUAAAUUUCCUAUAGAUUUUGAGAUGUUCAGCUUUACUAAAACUUUUUGUGAUGCAGAAUUUAUAACCGGAAAUUAGAUUAUGUAAUUUGACGAUAAUGUGUGGCCUGAAUUUUAUAGAAGUAGGAAAGACUUUUAGGAAAUUAAAAAAUAAGAAUUUUUGGCAAGAAAAAACUUUGUAAUCUCAAAAAAACUCACUCCACUUUAAAUACAAACUCAUCCAUUUUUUAAAAAGCCUCAUUUCACUAAUUACAUCACAGUUAACCCAAAUAUAUAAGAAUCAAAGAGUUAAGAUUUUGGAAAUUAUAAUACAAUAGUACCUGCGUUUUCAAACUUCUUUGAUGCAGCAUAAUACUUUAGAACUUUGAUAAAAUAAGAAGAUAGAGUUUUCUAUGAUGUUGGUCCUUAAUGUUUGCAUUAAGUUCUAGAUUUGCUUGAUCUUUACAUUAUCACUAUAUAUUCUGGUUAAUUAGAUGAAAAAUUAAGAGUAGGAAAAAUGCCAAAUUUUGACACAAUUUAAAAAAAGUUUAAGCUGACCUAUAAGUCUUAAGUCUAUCCUCAGCAUAAAGGAUACAUCUAGUUUCUGGUUUUUGAAAAAUGA